AUGAUGCAUGAGCAGGGCACGGGAGGAGCACCUAAGUAUGGGACUGUCUCCCAACUCCCUUUAAUUGGAAAUAUCAGCAAUCCGCUGUCCAACAUAACUAUCGGCCGGUCAGGCGCAGAUGAAGCAUCAGUGGGCUACUAUAAGGCGCAGACCGCUGAAGGAACGGUCGUGGAGCUGAGCGCAUCUGCCCAUGCAGGAAUCUAUCAGUACACUUUUCCGAACGGCUCGGAUGGUAACGUCUUGAUUGAUGUUUCGCAUGUCCUACCGUCGUACCGGGGAAUGGGACUUAGCCAGGGAUACAAAGGUGGUAACAUCACCAUCUUUCCGGACGGGCAUUAUGAAGGCCACGGCGUGUACGACAACGGCUGGAACCGUUCCCCCGAUUGGUCCAUCUACUUCUGUGGCCAUUUCGAUGCCGCGCCCGUCAGCAACAAAACCUAUGUUGGAACUAUUGCGGGUGGAAGCGUUGAGCAACAUAGCGGCUUUGCGUCGUCUUCUUCAGGUUCAACACGAGUUGGGGGUCUCUUUACCUUCAAAAAUGCUGUAGUUACGUCUCGCGUGGGAAUCUCGUGGAUCUCCACGGAAAAGGCCUGUCAGAAUGUUGAAGAUGAAAUACCGGAAGACAAGGAAUUUCAGUCGGUCGUGGACGAUGCUCAGUCCGAGUGGGAGACGAAAGUCUUGUCGAAAGUCACCACAACCAACACGAACGAAACAACUCUCACGCUACUAUAUACGUCUCUCUACUUCAUGCACCUGAUCCCCACCAACCAAACAGGAGAGAACCCCCAAUGGACAUCCCAGGAACCUUACUAUGAGGACAUAUUCACCUACUGGGAUCUUUUUCGCUGCUCUACCGCUCUCAUGCAGGUGUUGCAACCCGCCGCAUAUGAAGAACAGAUCCGGUCGCUUAUUGACAUCUGGCGAUUCGAGGGCUAUAUGCCCGAUGCCCGGUCCUCUAAUUACAACGGUCGUACACAGGGUGGCUCGAAUGCGGACAAUAUUCUGGCUGAUGCCUAUGUCAAGGGCGUGCGCGGUGCGGUAAAUUGGGAAGAUGGCUAUAAGGCCAUGGUCAAAGACGCAGAAGUGACUCCUUCCAACGAUCCAGUCGACCCUCAGGCUCCUGAUUCCUCCACAAAAGAAGGAAGAGGUGCAUUGCCAGACUGGCUCAGCUUGGGCUAUAUCACGCCCAGAUUUAGCCGUGCUGUCACACGGGCAGUGGAAUAUUCAUGCAAUGACUUUGGAUUGUAUCAGGUAGCAUCAGGGCUUGGGAAGACUGACGAUGCGGAGAAGUACCUGAACCGUUCCAGAAACUGGAGAAACCAUUGGAAUGCCAAUCAGACAUCGCUGGGAUUCUCCGGCUUUGUCGUCCCUCGGAAUGAGUCUGGGUUCAUCGAGACUGAUCCACUGAAUGACAGCGGCUAUUGGGGAGACCCUUACUACGAAGCCAGCUCAUGGGCCUACUCUUGGGCGAGCAUUCAUGAUAUGAAGACAAUGAUUGAAAAGAUGGGCGGAAAUCAGACCGUUCUCGACCGGCUGAACAUCAUGUUCACUGAAGGGGCCAGUGGUUCCAGCGGUAUCAUUUUCGAUCCCACAAACGAACCUAUGUUCAACGUCCCUUAUCUUUAUCACUAUAUCGACCGGCAGGACUUGUCUGUUUUCCGAUCGCGUGAUAUUGCGAAAUCCUAUUAUGGUACUAGCGUGUCUGGCCUCCCCGGUAACAGCGAUGCCGGAGCUAUGCAGACUUGGAUAUUGUGGAAUAUGAUCGGACUGUAUCCGGUGACAGGGCAGUCGACCUUUUUGAUCCACUCUCCUUGGUUUGACUCGCUUGUCAUUGACCUCGGGGGUGGUAAGAAACUGAACGUCAGUUCGAGUGGCGGUGAUGGAAACGGAGGCGGUAAUAUCUAUGUGCAAAGUCUUCGCGUGAACGGAAAAGACUGGAAGAAGAACUGGUUGACAUGGGACGACAUCUUUGCCCAAGGAGGAACACUGGACUUCGAGCUGGGGGCGACCGCAAGUGACUGGUUCACAGGAGAGCUACCACCAAGUCCAGCUUCCUAG